AUGGCUCUGGCAGCUCCAGCCAGCCUCCCGGACAAAUCUAUCAUGAGCCCCAGACAAACUUCCUGUACGGCACCAGGCCGCGUCACUGCACCGGUCACAUACAAUAUCUAUCCCGACACCCCAGACAAGUCAGAGCCGUCCACAAGCUACAUUGACAUACAGAACCUCUCCGACCGGGAGGAGCGCGAGCAGGUUGUCGUGUUCAAAGGCAUCCCGGCAGACGCCAAGGUCUGCACACUAGGCUGGAUCCAGGCCGUGACCGCUGAGCGCGAGUUCACAGUCGAGGAGAAUGGAUCAACCAAGGUCAAGGCCUUUUACGAGUUUCCUUCUCCCCCAGACUGUGGGACGGAUGAGGAAGAAGAGGUCACAGUCAAUUACGGCGUCAUUGAACCCUUGUCGUCCGCAUCGACGGCACUGGAGUUAUCCCCAGACUUCACGUUCUGGAAUGACACGCCCAGUGCUGUGAACCAUACUGCAGGGACGGUACCGUGUGCCGAAGCAAUAUAUCUGCAUGUCAGGAUCAACUCGAUCAAUGGACUGGGCGAUGUGCUGUUCAAACAGGACGACAAAAACGGCUUCGUAAUGGGGUACAAUUGCUGAAGGAUGGAGGAUGGUUUCACGAAGCACAUCACGCCAUUGCUACAAAGUUCUCGAGGCCAAAUGGGGCCCCCUGGUUCUGCUUCUCCUGUCUCAACGCAUUCAUGCACAUCAUCACACGCAGAUUGAU